AUGUUCUUCAGUCCCGACACGUCCCCGAGCUCUCUGGCCACAUCGUCACCAGUAGAGAGCUCCGCCACCCACGUCCCAAGUAGUCCCCCUAGAGAGAGCAGAAAGUCCCCUCCACUCCCAAAGCUCAACCUCGACGACUGCAAGCCCAUCUUCUCCUCCACCUCCACCAACACAUCCAACAAUGCCGCCGCCAACCCUAGUACCGCUUUUGUCUUCACGUCCUCACGAACUCUCCGUAACCUCCAUAAUUACUCUCAAACCACGGACGACGCCCAAGGACGUCAACCUUCUGCCUCAAGUCAAGUCUCGUCCCAUGUCCCUGCAUCGCCUGGUCAACAACACCCGGGCACCCCCAAGCGACCCGCGCUGUCGGCCGCGCAGCUCGCCAGCCACUCCGUGGGCGCGGUCGACGCCCGCUGCAUCGUCUCGCUCAGCAUGCGGGCCGCCGGCUUUGUCCCCCUGCCUCGUUCCCCGGCACAUCGGCCCUCUGGCAUGUCUGGACCGUCGACACCCAUGCACUCGCCCGUCCCAACCCCUGCUGAUCCACCGUACUUCCCUCCGAUCGUCUUCGUCAACCCCUCCAACGUGACCACCACGUCCUUGUGGGACUAUCAGCGCAACUUGCAAUACGGAAGCAAGGCAGCCUUCAGGAAGGCCAGGUAUACACCCCUUGCAGAACGCUGGCCCCACAUCCGCGUCCACUGGCACGCUCGAGCCUGGCAUGUCGUCUUCCUCAAGUUUGUUCUCCAACACGCCUUCGUCGAGGUCUAG